CGGGUCACAUGACAACCGACGCUCCGUGGUCGGAUGCUGAAGCAAUGAGCUGAAGUAAGAGUGGUUUGUGUUCGGAAGCGGUUCAAAGAUAACAUGGAGUUCAGUGCCGUGAUUUAAGCUAAGUGUAAUAAACAUUAACAGCAAAAUGUAAUCCUCAUUUAACGUCAUCUGAAGAAGAAGGCAUUGUUUGGCCUAACGUCUCUGGGAGCCUUCAUCACAAUGAGGACACAGCCGUUUGAGACCCCAACAGGCAGCAGAACAUCGCUAUGACUCCCUGACACACACACACACACACACACACACACACACACACACACACACACACACACAGAGAGCAAACGGAGAGACAAGUUGAUGAAAGCCGAUAUGAGCUGACUGGAGGCCCCGUCCAAGAAGGCCGAAGGCAGAGCCCGCUGUGGGUCCACUCUUGUGGUGCUAUGGAGCAGCCCCUGCUAGGCGGGCCCCCUGGUGGCCGGUGCGGGGCUCCCCCCGGUGGUCGCUGGUGGUACCGCGCGCUGCGGUCCUGGCUGCCCGUCCUCUCGUGGCUGCCGCGCUACUCGUUGAGCGCGCUCCGCAUGGACGUGGUGGCCGGCCUCACGGUGGGGCUCACCACCGUGCCGCAGGCCCUGGCCUACGCUGAGGUGGCCGGGCUGCCUGUGCAGUACGGCCUGUACUCCGCCUUCAUGGGCGGCUUCAUCUACCCCCUCUUGGGCACCUCCAAGGACCUGACCCUGGGCCCCACCGCCAUCAUGUCCCUGCUCUGCGCCUCGGUGGUGGGGGGGCGGCCGGGGCGCGCGGUGCUGCUCAGCCUGCUCUGUGGCACCGUGCAGGCCGCCCUGGGGGUGCUGCGGCUGGGGUUCCUUCUGGACUUCGUGUCCUACCCGGUGAUAAAGGGCUUCACCUGUGCUGCUGCAGUGACCAUCGGGUUCGGUCAGAUAAAGAACCUCCUGGGGCUCCGCGGAGUCCCCCAGACCUUCUACCUGGAGGUGUACUACACCUUCUACCGGCUCCCUGAGGCCCGGCUCGGCGACGCCCUGCUGGGGCUGCUCUGUCUGGCUCUGCUCCUCACGCUGCAGUGGAUGAAGAGCAGCCUGGGCCCCCAGAACCAGGAGGGCCCCCGGAACCAGGGAGGCCCCCAGAACCAGGGGGGGGCCCAGAACCAGGAGGGCCCCCGGACCCAGGGGGGCCCCCAGAACCAGGAGGGCCCCCGGACCCAGGAGGGCCCCCGGACCCAGGAGGGCUCCCGGACCCAGGAGGGCCCCCGGACCCAGGAGGGCCCCCGAAACCAGGGGGGCCCCCAGACCCAGGGGGGCCUCCAGACCCAGGAGGGCCCCCGGGGGAGCAGAGCGGCCAGGAGAUUUGUGUGUGGAGCCGCCACUGUGCGGAACGCCGUGGUGGUGCUCGCCGCGUCCGGCCUCGCCGCCGCCUGUCUCACCUCCGGGUUUCCUGUCUUCACCGUCACCGGGAAAACCGCCCAGGGCCUCCCGGCGUUCCGCCCGCCAGCGACCUCCGAGACUAGCGCCAACGGCACGGUGGUCUCCUUCCUGGAGAUCGUGGAGGGGUUUGGUGGCAGCCUCGCUGUCAUUCCCUUGAUGGGGGUUCUUGAAAGCAUCGCAAUCGCCAAAGCCUUUGCGAGUCAGAACGACUACCGUGUGGACGCCAACCAGGAGCUGCUGGCCAUCGGCCUCACCAACAUCAUGGGCUCCUUCGUCUCGGCCUACCCCGUCACCGGCAGCUUUGGGAGGACAGCGGUCAACUCCCAGAGCGGUGUGUGCACUCCGGCCGGGGGCAUCAUGAACAGUGCCGUCGUGAUGCUGUCCCUGGCCUUCCUCAUGCCCGCCUUCUGCUACAUCCCUAAAGCGUCUCUGGCGGCGGUCAUCAUCUGUGCGGUGGCGCCGAUGGUCGACUACGGCGUGGUGGUGGAGCUGUGGCGCGUCCGAAAGCGGGACCUGCUGCCCUUCUCCCUCACCUUCCUGCUCAGCUUCUGGGAGGUGCAGUACGGGCUCCUGGGGGGGGUGGCGCUGUCCGGAGCCAUGCUGCUGCACCAUGCUGCCCGGCCCCCCCUGAAGGUGACUGACCACGGUGUGCUGCUGGUAGAGCUGGGCAGUGGCCUCAGCUUCCCGGCCUCGGAACACCUCAGCCACGUCCUCCACACCCAUGCCCUGCUGGCGUCCCCGCCCCGCUCCGUGGUGCUGGACUUCCUCCAUGUCAGCUCCAUCGACUCCACGGUGCUCAGCGAGCUGCGAGCCCUUCUGAGGCUCUUCAGGCUGCGGGGGGCGGGACUGCUCCUCUCUCGGGUGCAGCCCUCUGUCCUGGACGUCCUUCUGGCCGCUGACCUGCCAGGUCUGAGGCUCACAGACGACCUGCCGGCCGCCCUUCAGGGGCACAUUGAUGAACUCAUCUGGACAGGUGCGCAAGGUUGCUAGUUCGAUCCCCGGAGUGUGGAGGUGUUCCUGAGCGAGACGCCCCACCCUGACUGCUCCUGACCAGCUGGCCGUCACCCUGCGUGGCUGACUCCGCCGUCGGUGUGUGAAUGUGUGCAGGAAUGGUUGUAAGUCGCUUUGGAUAAAAGUUCCAGCAAAAUCACCUUAAUGUAAAUGAUGACCUCAUCACGACAGGUGCACUUUGAUGACCUCAUCACGACAGGUGCCUUUUAAUGACCUCAUCACGACAGAUGGAUUUUGAUGACCUCAUCACGACAGGUGCUUUUGACGACCUCAUCUCGUUCUUCUGUUCCUCCAUCUCCUUUAAAGCCCUCGACUCAAACACCCUGAAGGGUUCUUCUGUUCCUCCAUCUCCUUUAAAGCCCUCCACUCAAACACCCUGAAGGGUUCUUCUGUUCCUCCAUCUCCUUUAAAGCCCUCCACUCAAACACCCUGAAGGGUUCUUCUGUUCCUCCAUCUCCUUUAAAGCCCUCCACUCAAACAGCCUGAAGGGUUCUUCUGUUCCUCCAUCUCCUUUAAAGCCCUCCACUCAAACACCCUGAAGGGUUCUUCUGUUCCUCCAUCUCCUUUAAAGCCCUCUACUCAAACACCUCAUUUUUGGACCAAAUGGUUUUUUAUACAUUCUUAAUAAUGAUUUUGAAAUGCUUUUGUUAAAUAUUUUACAAUUAUAACUAGCAAAAUUCAAUUAUUUGAUAUUUUUAUUGACACACGAAAUGGAAAUCUCGGAAAUGACUUGAAACUCUGUUUCAAAAGGGAUCUAAUUGUUAUAUAAUAAAUGAAAUAAUGGCACAAAUUAACACAAUUGAAAUAAUGUUUUUUUUUAAACAUAACUUGCAGAAUGUUGUCUAUUGGAAAAUGUUAUGUACGAUUUCUACUGCAAUGUUUUCUUGACAAAUUAGUUUGUGACUUGACAGUUUUGUGUUUCCAUUGUGUCAAAAUGUUCUGUUAAAUCAAUCCGGACGAGAGACUUGAUGGCACAGAAACAAUAGUAGCUUUAAACCUUUUGAUAUUAUUAAAUGCAUUUUAUGUACGACUGUCAAA